GUUUUCUUUAUCUAAAAAAAAAAAAAAAAAAAAAAAAAAAGGUUUUAGGCUUGGGAUUAUUAAAAUUGGAGGAGAGCCACUCGGACCAACAUAAACCCGCUCUUGUGUAGGCUCUUUCUUACGCCUUUGCGCAGUUAUUGAGAAAUGGGUGUUGAGGAGGAGAUUUACAGGCCUGAAGCGGGAUUUGAAGAAGAUUCUAGAGAACCUCUUGUUGAUCUUUCGUUGACGGACUCCACAGAGCUUUGGCUCAUUCAAUGGCCUCAUAAUGAACUUCCUGAUUUUCAAGGGAAAGAAAUAUCACUUAGUCUUCAUGGUGAUGGAUGUUUGGGCAGUUUUGAGGGUUCAUCAGGAAAAGUAUAUGAUAUAGUCAGCUGUGCUAUGGAAGAGCCAGAUGCAAUAGUUUUCCAAUCCUCAGCAUCUGAAACAAAAAUUGUGGGGAAUAUUUCACGGCGAGUUGCUCUUGUUCAUUACCAUGAUCCUAAAGAACUUGAAAAACAAGAAGCUGAAAAGAAGUCAAAACGACUAUAUCAAAUGUCAGCUGGAUCUUCAUUGAUAAACUCUUCUGGGACUCCUACUCAAAACACCAAGCUCAGAAACUCAUAUUCGUCAAGGGGACAUCCAACCUCAACACACAGUAGCAGAUAUAAGAGUUCUUUAUCUGAGGUUGGAGAACAAUCAGGUGCAAAAAAGAGAAAGCAUAAGCAUGAACGCGUUGCAUCGACAGAUCAGUCUACUUUAGAUUCAGGGCGGGGUCACAGUGGAUAUACCAUUUCAGGGUCAUCAGAGCAUUCACAUCGGGGGAAAGUGGAGGAGUAAAAAAAAAACUGAGUAAUUCUUCCCUUCUUGCCUUGGGUACUCCCCUGGAAUUUUCUAUUUUGUUGAUUUGCUUCAUAGAUAUCAAUGAUUUAGCAGUGAUGAGAGAUGGUAUGCUGAUCUUCCUCUUGUCUUCCUUUAUAAGAUUAGCCUUUGAGUAAUUCUGAAAGUCUUAUUUCCCAAUUAGACCAUAGGUGUCAGUUGCAGCAUUGUGCAAAAAUCUUAUUUAUACUAUCAAGUAAUUGUUUGUUCAUUUCUCCCUGACAAACCUUUUCUUGUUAUGAUGGAUAUUUUGGAAAUCGAUGUUGAAUUCCUUAUCA